AUGCAGCGGUAUACGGCUGAGGAGGCGUAUGCCUUUUUGGCCACAGAUUCUGAGGCCACUGAUACAGCGUCAGAUUUUGACGUUGGUCAGUUCACAGAUACAUCUAGUGAUGUAUCUGUGGCUGUUAGGACGCCUGCCACACGUAGUCGUGGCAGUGCACCAGAGGCAUGGGUAGCGCCUAAUAGGUACAAGCCAGCUAUCCCUCCUUUUUCUGGAAUUCCUGGCAUCAAUAUUGAUGUUACAGGAUUCACUCCACUGCAAUUUGUGCAGGUUUUUUUGGGAGACGAUGUCUUGGGAGACAUUGUCACACAAACAAACAUUUAUGCCCAGCAGCACUGUGCUGCUAGCCCUAAUUCUUUUUGGGCAAAACAGCCAUGGACUCCCAUUGACGUGCCAGAAUUUCUUAAAUUCUGGGCACUCACAAUGUUAAUGGGCAUUAUAAAAAAGCCCUCCAUCCGCUCCUACUGGAGCACCAGCCCCAUCUUUAGUACCCCCAUUUUUGCCCAAACUAUAACUAGGCAAAGGUAUGAAAUGAUUCUUCGUUUCAUGCAUUUUAGCGACAACAGCCUGUGCCCCCCUAAGGAGGACCCCCAGUUUGAUAGGCUGUACAAAAUCCGCCCCCUGAUUACCCAUCUCGCUGCCAGGUUUCCAGAGGUUUAUACACCUGGAAAGAAUAUCUGCGUGGGUGAAUCCCUAAUGAAAUAUAAAGGAAGGUUGGGAUUCAAGCAGUAUAUUCCUUCCAAGCGCUCCAGGUAUGGAGUGAAGGUGUAUAAGCUCUGCGAGAGCGAGACAGGAUAUACUCAUGCCUUCCGGGUAUACGAGGGUAAGGAUAGCUACCUUGACCCUCCAGGUUGCCCAGAUCAUCUGGGCACCAGUGCCAAGAUUGUUUGGGACCUAAUAUUCCCCCUUAUGAACAAAGGCUACCACUUGUAUGUAGAUAACUUCUAUACAAGCGUCCCUUUGUUCAAGCUGCUGUAUUGUUUCGAUACGGUAGCUUGCGGUUCUAUAAAAAAGAACCGCUUGGGUUUCCCACAACGCCUGGUACGAACCCGGCUAGGAAAGGGGGAGACCUCAGCUCUACGCCAAGAGGAGCUUUUGGCAUUGAAGUUCAAGGACAGAAAAGAGGUGUGCAUGCUGAGCACCAUCCACGAUGAAAGAACCGUGGAGGUUUCUGUCCGUGGCAGAGCUGGGGUCACUAGAAAGCCAGUGUGCAUCAGGGCCUAUAACAAGCACAUGGGUGGAGUUGAUCUGUCAGAUCAACUCCUACAGCCCUACCUCAUUAUGAGGAAGACAAAGGCCUGGUACAAGAAGGUUGCAAUUUAUCUAAUGCAAAUUGCAACCUAUAACGCUUUUUUGCUGCACAAAAAAGCAGACACUGGGCUGAAGCUGUCUUUUUUGCAGUUUCAGCUCGAAGUAAUUUCAGGUAUCUUGUACCGUGAUGCACCUGGUCCCCAAGUAGUGAUGGGAACCAACAGAAUUGGGGCUACCCAUUUUAUUUUUAAAAUCCCCCCUACAGCAAAGAAGCAGAAUCCCCAAAAGAGAUGCAGGGUAUGCUACAGCAGGGGGCAAAGAAAGGACACCACAUUUUACUGUCCAGAUUGCCCUGGAAAACCUGCACUCUGUGUCGGUGACUGCUUCAAGCUGUAUCACACAGUUUCCCAUUUUUAA